AUGCGGACCGCUCCAUUGAUUGUAUGCUUGUGACUUACAUCUUGUGCUAGGCACAAGUCAAUAUUCUUCGUAGUAUCCUAAUUGGAAAAUUCGAUAAUAAAAAUGGCAAAAGUUGUAGGAUCCUUGGUGUCUCUCACCCAAAAUAGCAUUAAGGCAGCUAUGCCCCAGCUUCGUAUCAUCCAAAGAUAUGCCAUGGUCGAAAUGGUACCACCAACCCCCAAAGACAUCCCAGCUAUUCGUGCUGGAAUCAGCAAGCUGAUCACUAGUGCCAAGACUGGUGCUUACAAAAAUAUUACCACUCGUGAUGCACUCCUGAACACCUUGGUGGCUAUUGAAGUUUAUUGUUGGUUCUUUGUUGGUGAAUGCAUUGGAAAACGCCACAUUGUCGGUUAUGAUGUUUAGAAAUAUUGUUUUUAAAUAUCACAUAGAUUUCAUGUUAAUGUAAAAUAUAGAUAUUAGUUCAAAAAUC